AUGGAGUAUCAGUUAUUACAUUUUAUAAUGAAGCAUAUGGCCGGUGAAAAUAUUUAUCCUGAUGAAGCUUAUUCUGGUGAAAUUAAUUCCGAUGAAAUUUAUUCCGAUGAAAUUUAUUCCGAUAAAAUUUACUCUGAUUUAGCAAACGAAUUAAUUUUGUUUAACUCUAUUGUAAAAGAAUCAACUUAG